AAUUUUAAAAUUCAAAGGGCACCCGCAUUUUGUUCAUUGAAAAUACUUAAAUAAGCCUCUUAGGAAUGUCCGUUGUACACAGCUGAAACAAUAAACCAUAUAUGUUGAUUCAUGAACAGUAUCCAUUUUAAUCCUAACUUACAUUAAGUACCACAUAGAGCACUGCAUCCCUAGAGCACAGUUAUAUGGUUGCAAAAGCUUUGCAGAAUGGGUGAAAUAAAUGCGCUCAGCUGCGUUGGACAAGACGAUGUCGUUUCGCUACGCAUCCUGUGCACCAAGACUCGCGAUGGCGGGCAGCAGAAACUCGAGGAAGUGGACAUGUACGGAAACACUGCCCUCUUGAAAGCCUGCUAUUUGGGGCGAUUCGAGUGCGCUCGUACGCUGCUGGAAUUUGGCGCAAAUGUCUUUGCUAUGAACUACUUUGGCCAAAAUGCCCUCACUCUGGCCACUUAUGCUGGCCACUUGCCGCUGGUUAAGGAGCUAUUGCGACGGCGCUCCUAUAAGGAUUUCAACCUGUCCUCUAUGAUCCCGGCUCUCUGUGUAGCUACACUGCAAAAACAUUCCGCCUUGGUGGCGUACUUUACUCAAUUGGAUCCGAGGGGCGUGCAAGAAACGCAAACAGUGCAUGGUCUGGGAGUUGCAGAGCUGCGUGGCAUGAUUAAAACAGCAGAUCGUUUAAAUAAGCAUAAUGCGCACUCCCCACCCACUUUUAUAAGCAAUCGUCUGCGUUAAUGUAUUGUAACUAUAUAAUAAUUUAUACAUUUUAAGUUUUUUUUUCAAUAUAUUCUGUGAACAGUGUGAACAUA